AGAGCUGGCUUCUCUCUUAAGGCAGCGCUCGCGAAGGUGCGAAGGGCUGCUCUUUUUGCAAAAAGCGUCACGAUGCGCCAGCUUUGGCUUUGCCUGUGCUUGGCUGGCUGCGCGCUAUCAUCCGGCAACGAUGAAGUUGAACGAGCCCUCAGCGGAGAUGACCCGUGCAUCAACGGCACGAACUCCGAGUGCUCCCUCAGUACGCGCAAAAAGUCCUUGAGAACGCCAGCUCAGGCUUUGCAGUCGAAAGUAAAGACUCUCUCAACAGGAAGUUGUGCAAGCUUCGGCUGCACUGAAGGAUAUGUCAGGUGGCAAGAUUGCCAAUGCAACAGCCUCUGUGGCAAGUACGAGAAUUGCUGCAUCGACUUCUACCAGAAGUGCCAACAGAAGGAGGCUCAUACGGAGCCGGCUCCAGAGCGACAGCUGUCGCCAGGGAAGUUGCCGGGACUAUCAUUGCGGAGAAGCCUACGUGAGCUGGCGACCCUGCCAGUGCAACAGCCUUUGCAAGAAGUACGGCAACUGCUGUUCGGACUACGACCGCCUUUGCAUCGCGUCCCCUCCGCCGAUCUCCAUCCCGCGGCCGCCGCCGACACCGGCGCCCACGCCGCCGCCGCCCCCGCCGCCCCCACCAGCGCCGGUGCCGGUGCCGGUACCGCCUCCUGUGGCCCCAGCCCCUGCGCCGCCGUCGGCCCCGUCACCGCCGUCGCCCCCCUCGCCGGUGCCGGCCUUUGGCAAACCUGCGCCGGGCUUGGUCUUCUCGGUGAAUGUGUCGGGCCUGCCUUGGGCUGGCAUGGACACCGCUCUGAACUCCCCGAGCUCCGCGCCUCUGCUCACAUUCUAUAUGUACCGGGCCGUGUCGGAUGAGGAGUACCCACCUCUGAAUGUCAACAUGGCCAGCUUGGGGGGUGUCCUUUGGUACCUUCACCACGAGGUGGUGAUUCAGGCGCCCCGCAAGUUCGACAUCACCCGCAUCCUCCGGUACAAGGUUCAGAUGCGCGCCACCAACCCACUGUUGCGGCUGAACAUGAACUUCGGAGUACGUUUGGCUUAUGACAAGGGCCAGGCCACUGGGCCUUUCGUCUGCGGGCGCGAGAAUGUCACCACCAAGGAUGGCACUGCGGCAGGUGUGAAGCCCAAGUUUUGCGGCGAGGGCAAGUACGAGGCGGCUUGGAAGCCUGACACGAAGCCGUACACCAGCGCCUUCGAGUAUGCGGCCUACGGGUACAACGUGGGCUGCAACAAGCUGGGGGAAUAUCCCUUCCCCAUGGAGCCAGUGUACUAUCCCAACGCCGUGUGGUACGCGCUGCCUGGCCUGUGCCCUGAGAACCUGUACUACAACAAGAACAACAAGUGCCAGGAGGUGCAGCCCGGGGGCUACUGCCCCGGGGUGGAGCCCAACGGCAACGGCACUUGCACCUGGAACUACGAAGAAGCAGGCGAGAUUUCCCUUGACGAGCUCGUGGGCAUCAAGGACUAUAGCUCCUGGAGAUGGGCCCACCGCGAGUAUGAUCCGGAGACCGACAAGGGCAUAGCGUUUAGCUGGUGGGACGGCAUCGACAACGCCACGGCGAACCAACGCCGCGCCGAUGAGGCCACGAAGCUCUUCAACUCGAGGUAUCCGGACCUUCCAACCGCGGAAAGCUGGCGAACCCGCCCUGCGACUUCGACUUCGGGAGCUUCUACAAGGAGUGGUACCGCAAGGACGGGUACACGGGCCCCUGCGGAGCGGCGAGCCUGAAGUGCCAAGGCAGCAUCGCCUGGAUGAAGAAUGAAGGGCUGCGGCUGCAUCCCACCUGGUAUAUUCCACUGUCGACCGGUGCCAGCGACCGCGAGAUCCAGCGCCUACUCUAUCAAAUAGGUCAGGGCGACUGCUUGCGGCCCUGUGACAAGGGUGAGUAGAGGCCUGGCUGGCCAGCUGAGGUUUGACUAUGGCGACUGAGACAG